AUGCCGCUCGGGUUGGCGCGAGCUGCGUCAUACUGUGCUCACCGCACUGGGCCUUCCAGGUCCUCCCUGGCAUGCACGUCGUGCGCUUGCGAUGCGAUAACCUUAGCAAACAGGCUGAUUGGGCAGCACCUGCAUGCUGGCAGGGUGGAUGCUGUGCGGGAGGUGUUCGACAGAAUGCCACAGCGGGACGUCGUGUCCUGGAACUCCCUCAUGGCCGCAUAUGCCCGUUCCAGGGUGCAUGACAGUGCAGUUACUGCGUUCCUCGAGAUGAGGCGUGAGGGAUUCUGUGUGGACCACACGUCCUUCUCCACUGUGCUGUUGGCCUGCGCAGGGAUGGAGACUCUAGCUCUGGGGAGGUGCAUCCAUGGGCUUGCAACCAAGACCAGAUCUUCAUUGAACGUGUUUGUGGGGUCCUCCUUGAUCACGAUGUAUGCCAACUGUGGGGUGUUCAGCUGCCUGGAGCAGAUUGUGGAUGAUGUCGACAGUCCAAGCGUGGCCUUAUGGAAUGCUCUCAUAUCAGGCCUUGUGAUGAACCACAGGGUAGAGGAUGCUCGCAGGGUCUUCGAUCAGAUGCCAGAGCGCAAUGUUGUGUCCUGGACUGUGAUGAUCAAAGGCCUUUUUAUUGUGCAUGAGGUGGGUUGGGCAUUGGAGCUGUUUAACCUUAUGCCCGCAAAGAAUUCUGUGUCAUGGUGCGUCAUGAUUGGAGGCCUUGUCAACCACAAGCGAUUCAGAGAAGUGAUUGAACUAUUCAACACUUUGAUGAGCAGUAGGGACGCAGUGACAAAUGCAAUCCUCGUUAAGAUUGUUAAUGCUUAUGCUGGCUUGAAAAGUAUUGGAGGGGGCAGGUGUAUUCAUGGGUUUGCUGUCAAGUCUGGGUUUAUUCAUGACCACAUCAUCGAGGCAUCAUUAGUUGUAAUGUACUGUAAUUGCUUAGAUAUCGACGAGGCACAGUUGGAAUUUUAUAAAAUGGAAAGAAAGCAUGUUGGCUCAUGGAAUGCUAUCAUAUCUGGUUGUAUCCAUGCAGGCAAGAUUGAUGAGGCUAGAAAGAUUUUUUAUUCCAUGGAUGGCAAAGAUAAGAUCUCGUGGAAUUUGAUGGUCAAUGGCUAUGUCAAAUAUGGAAAAAUUCCUGACGCUAUUGAGUUGUACUCAAAGAUGCCUGAAAAGAAUUUGCAAGCAUCUACUACUUUGAUGUCUUGUUUUAUAGAAAAUGGAAUGCUUGAUAAAGCUCGGGAUGUGUUCUACAGUAUGCCUCAAGUAGAUGUGAUUUCCUGCACCACUUUACUCUUUGGAUAUGUGAAAGGAGGGUAUAUAUAUGAUGCACUGGACCUUUUCUGUAGGAUGCACAAAAGGACUGUUGUCACAUACAAUGUGAUGAUAGCUGGUUUGCUUCAUCAAGGUAAGGUUACUGAAGCUUACAAGCUCUUUGAUGAAUCUCCAACACGAGAUUUAGUGACCUGGAGCUGUUUGAUCAAUGGGCUUGCUCAAAAUGGUUUAAACAAUGAUGCACUUAAGCAGUAUAAGAAGAUGCUACUGUCAAAUAUACGGCCAAGUGAUUCCAUUCUUUCUAGCCUUAUUAGCUGUUUUUCACAUCAUUCUAUGAUUGUUCAUGGCCAGCAGUUUCACGCUUCUACUAUCAGGCUUGGGUUUGGAUCACAUUUAUUAAUUCAAAAUUCACUCAUCAGUAUAUAUUGCAAAUGUGGUGAAAUGAUUAUUGCCCAAGCCAUUUUUUAUGGCAUGGACAACAGAGAUGUAGUGACAUGGAACACAAUGAUUUGUGGAUAUGCAUUCAACAGUUUUGGUCAAAAUGCUAUUGAUACAUUUGAUAACAUGAAAAAGGCCCAAGUUGAUCCUGAUGAGAUCACAUUUCUCGGUAUACUUUCUGCAUGCAAUCACAUGAGCCUUUUGGAGGAAGGCAAACAUUUCUUCAGUAUGAUGACGUGUAAUUAUGGAAUUUUACCAAAUAAAAUGCAUUAUGCUUGCAUGGUUGAUCUGUUCGGUAGGACAGGCAUGCUUGAACAGGCUGAAGAGUUAAUGAAGUCAAUGCCAUUUAAACCAGACUUUGCAAUUUGGACUUCUCUCUUGAGCAGUUGCCGAUUGAAUGGCAAUGACAGCCAUGGCCAAUGGAUCACUUAUGCAGAAACUUGUCUGUUUGUCACCAAGCAGUGUUUGGGUGGUGAUAAUAAGAACACUAGAAGGCCUUCUAAAAUGCCAGAUGAAAUUAGGUCUGAGAUUUCAACAGUCAUAAUAGAUGAGAAAAGUGAAAGCUGGGAGCACUUUUUGAUGGUGACACUCUUCAUAAGGAAGGGUCUUACUGAGUUGGAUAAUCAUGCUUUCUUGCUUAACUGUCACUCAGUUAUCAUGAUCAUUCUUUUACGUAAUAUUUCUCAUGGAACUCCGUCAUGUCUAACAGCCCUGGGGAGAUCUCUUGAUGUCAACAACCAACAUGUGAACAAUGUCAGUAUAUUGGGUGAAUUCUUCAGAGCCCCAAUUUCAAUCCUGGGAAAGCAUGAGCUUGCCAGCAUGACACUGGCUUAUAGGACGGAGUGUGGCCAUGACAGCGUGCUGCAGUCACUCGCCACCAUUGCAGACCAACAACGCGUGGACGGCACCUGCCCUCCCAGAAUCCCCAUCCUUUGUUGCAGUGAUCCUUUUUUUCAACCAUUCUUCCUCCUGCACUCCUGCCAGAUGUUGCAGUGGGUCCCAAAGAAAAUGAUGGAGGCCAUCCCAACAAUGCAGCCUCUCCUUCCCGGCCCGGCCCAGCCCACCGGGCAAGCGCCUCCUUUUGAGUCUGAACCGUCGCUUCGAUUUCCCUUCGCUUCUCUCAUCUCUGCCUGCCUCCAGCGUCCAGGCUCCAGCAAGGAGGACGCGAUGCGACCGGCCUUCUCCGCCUCCAAGCCGUCGCCGUCCGGGAGGGAGAAGGGCAGGAGGAAGGGCGCCUCUGCGGCCGAACAGCUGCUCACCGGCCAGGCCCUCCCCCUCCGCACCCGCCUCCACGACGCUCUCGCCCUCGGCCUCACCAAGUCUGAUGGCCACGGUGCUAAAAAAUGGCAGUCUACUGAUGCUGGAGUACAGUCUCACGUGCUCAAAUCGGUGGGUGCAUUUGUCGGUUGUCUUUCAAAUGAACUGCUGAAACUCCCUCCUAUAAAGGAGUCGAUUUCAGAUAUACUUGUAGCUCUGGAAGGUAUUCUUAAGACAGAGAACAUUUCGGUUCUGAUCCAAGCAGCUGACGUGAGCUCAAAGUUUGUCUCUACCUUAGGAAAUUCUGUUCGCCAAUACUCAGUUUUGGAGAUGGUUUCGUCCCUCUCAUGCCAUUUGUCUGCGAACCAGCUACGUAUUGCUGUACCAUGUGCAACUGCACUGACCUGUAUAUUGAACAGCCUAGUUACAGCGAGAGCUUCAACUCAGGCAGAAAUUUGGGAGGCUCUGGACAAAACCAAUGCGGUUGCAAGUGUUAUUUCAGCUCUACAGAAUUACACUGAAGACGCCUACCCCCUGAACUAUCUGACGGACAUGAUAUCUCUGCUAAGAAGUAUACUGUGGAUUUGGCCUUCCUCGAGAUACCAUGUAUGGAGCAACCACAACUUGAUGGCAAAACUAGCACAUUGCUGUCUUAGCGCUGAAACAACAGUUUCUACGAAAGUUCUUAAGCUAUAUGCUGCUUUAGCUUUAUGUGGCAAUGGAGCGAUGGUCCUUCUUAAGAAUGAAGAGUUGAUCACUAAGACCGGUGACCUUAUGGGAAAAUCUCAUCCUACUGUCACUAGGAUUGAAGCAUUAAGGCUCUGCCAGGUUUUUCUGAGAUCUUCAAGGGGCUGCGAUCAGUUGAUGACUGCACAUUGUCAGCCUAUUGUUCAAGGCAUAACCAAUGCCAUGUCUGAGAUUGAUGAAAAAACAUUAGUAAGAGAGGGAUGUCAGACUGCAUUACUGGCCCUUCGUUAUUCUGGGAAUCAUCAUAGAUGCUUCUGGUUUAAUGCUAUUGAUGAAGUACUAUAUAAGAUUCUUUCUGGGAGCUACAACUCUUCACAUCACGCACAUCGGACUUUGUGCUAUGGCCAGCUGUUCAAUAUAGAUUCCAAAGACAUUAUGAAUAUAUAUCCCUAUGUAUGGGAUAUACUCGGAUAUUUAGCAGUACAUUGCGAUAAUGAGCAUCUUUCCAUAGGGAAACGACAGAAUAGUUUCUUGCAGGGACUGAUAUCAUGUGCUUGCUCAUUGGCGACGGAUUUACCUCUGAAAAACAGCCCCAUGAAAUUGUCUAAAGAGGAGCAGGAGCCAGCUUUGAGGGCAGUUCUUAUGAUGCUUCUCUCUCCUAGCCAAUUCAUUUUCUCUGAGGCAAGUUCUAAAUUUCUGGAAGCUGUUCUACCAUUAGGCAACGAAUAUAUGAACAUGCUCAUGUCAUCACUAGAAUCAAAUGUUACCAGAAAUCUUACGGCAUCUUUUGACUGUGUCAAGAUCAUGACUAACCUCAUGAACAUAGCAUGCUUGUUGAUAAGUGACAGCUUUAUUUGUUUUCACUGUAAAAGAAAGUUAGAUGUGGGGAUUGUGUGCCAUGGGUGCAGAGAUUAUUACACCGAAGGUUUGGUUGGAGUCCUCAAACAUGCCUUGUGUCAGAACAUGAGCCCAGGGCCCAAGUCUUAUAUUGCACAUAUACUGAGUUUGUUUGGCCUCUGUGGUUUUCCAAGCAAGCUAGGAGGAAAUAUGAGAAAUGUUUUGUGUGAUAAUGAGCUAGUUGAUCUGGAACUGUUGCUUGCAGAUGGUGAAUCUCUAAGUGCUCAUGCGGCUAUCCUAUCAGCAAGAUGUCCUAAAUUAUUGCCAUCUGAAAAAUCUUUUGUCCGUGAUGGGUCAGAGACUGAUGAAUUCGGCAGAAGAUCAUGCUAUCAUGUUCGAAUGUCUGAUCGUGUAGAUAGUCACGCUCUGAAGAAAAUUUUGGAAUAUGCAUACACUGGGUUGGUCACUGUAGAUGAUACCCUUGUUAAGCCUGUAAAAACACUUGCAAAGUAUUGCCACUUGAGAUCGCUGCACCUGAUGCUUCAGAAAGAGCAACCCAAAUGGCACUCAUGUCCCAUAUAUGGUCUUACUACAGCACUCGAACCAGCUAAACAUUCAUUCUCGGACAUCAUUUUGGAGGCCCAAUCUAAUGACAAAAUGGAGUGUCACCAUGGCUCAUGCCAGUUAUCAACUCCUCAUAUCCAUAGCCAUAAGAUCAUUUUGAGUGUGAGCUGCGAUUACCUUCGUGCUUUGUUUCAGUCCGGGAUGCAUGAGAGUUUUGCAGAGGUUAUCAGAGUUCCGGUCGGGUGGGAAGCAUUGAUAAUACUAGUUCAGUGGUUCUACUCAGGCGAGCUGCCUAGAGUUGCAGCUGAUUGCCGAUGGAAGACUCUGAGUACAGAAGAGAAACUAUCUAUUCUGAAAUCGUACGCAGAGCUGUCAUCCCUGGCUGACUUCUGGUUCCUGGAUGGAGUGAAGGAAGAAAGCCUUGAAGUGUUGACCUCAUGCCUGAAUUCCAGCACAAACGCCUCCCUCGAGUUCAUCGGCUUCGCAGCAAACUUGGGCCAGUGGGAACUGGUGGAGGCCGCCAUCAGCAGCGUGGCGCAUCUGUACCCCAAACUGCGAGACUCUGGUCGGUUGGAGCAGCUUGAUGAAGACGUGCUCAACAUGCUGCGGACAGAGUAUGUCAGGUAUUCACAGCACUGCAGCGCAAGCAACUGA